UCUAUCUCACAGCUCGUCACAGCUCUUCGCGGUGCCGGUAUCGUGCUUGUCUCCGAAUAUCUGUGCCGUCCCCCCCAUUCCUUUCUAUCCCUCUUGUCCGCGGCCUUCUUCCCCCAACUAUACGAGUGCUCGAGUACAUCACACUCUCCCCCCAAGGAACUGGAAUUCUAGUAAUCCACUCUGCACCAUUCGCCCCGCCUCCCCCCACCCCACAGCUCCCAUGGCCUCCUCGGAUGAGAAGGCCAAUCCCACUGGCAUUCAAUCGUGCCCUAAUGGUAGCUAUGAAACAGUUACCCCUCAUCCCCUCCCCUCUUCCUGCCCUCCAUCUCAAUCACCAGAUUUGCCUCAUGUUCCUGCACAGAUACUGAUCAAUUUCUCAGAGGUUGUGCAAUUGAUAUUUCAGAACCUGGAUGGCAUUUCUCUCGCACGGUGCAGUGCGGUCUGCUCUCAUUGGAGAGAGCUCAUCGACCCAUCAGACCCCUCUGCACCAGACUACCUCUGGGCUCGGCAAGCUUCAAGCCUCCGUCUGAAAUCUCCAACCCCCUAUGCCAGAUUCCACGACCUCUACGCGUCAUUGAGAGAUCAUCUUUGGCUACAUGGCAAGAUAUGGAUGAGCAACCGUUCGUGGACAGGCUACAUUCUCCUUUCUACGUACAAUUUGGAGACGGGUGCUAUAGAUUUGACCAACGUUGUCGCAACACGGCCCGGAAGUAACGAUGGAGAAGACUCGGUCCCUUGGAGUCGCAAUGAGAGCAUCUUUGUAUCAAGCUUUGAUCCGCAAGUGUCUCUCUGGGCACCUCCACUAUUGUCCUUUGACAAAGACACAGUCCUCGACCCAAACGACAACGAGAUCAAGCCCCCAACACGCGAACGAUUAUCGUACUGCUCACUUUUCCGGGCCAGCGCGGUGCCUCCCGAAGUACAGCUAUCUUCCAAGAAGUAUUGGCCUCCGCCCCACAUUCCCGCGACCGAGCGCACCGACGACGUGCUUAGCUGCGUCAACGGCUCCCACGAGAACAAACCAGCCCACACAGACGCUAUCGAUUCUGUCUUUCGCAUUCGCAAGUGGGUAGUGUUCGGCGGAGCACCCGUGCCCAGCGUUGCCAUGUCCAGAAACGGCAUAGACAAUCAAGUAGAAACUUUCGCCACCAUCCGUGAAGAGCAUUAUACACCUGAUAAUGACCACCCAUAUAGAGGCAUCUGGGUUGGCGACUACAACUCCCAUGGCUGCGAGUUCAUCCUAUUUCAUCAAGAGACACCAACGAAGCUCAAGGCUGUGAAGAUUACUGGUGAUCUCAAUGUUCCCUGUGGGGAAAUCACCUUUGUUGUUGACGAUCUGAAAGCUGUUACUCGCAUAGCUGAUGAGAGGGAGUGGCCCGGUGCUAAGGUUAUUUCAGCGAAGGCCCAAAUCGCUUCUCAUCAAUUCGAGAGUAGCAAGUCCCCCCCCGCCCCCCCCCUUACCCCUCCUCCCCCUAAGUCGCUACUCUUGAUUUGCGGGGGUCUAAUCUGGAAAGAAGGUGAAAUAAUUGACGCCGAGAUGAUCUGCGUCGGGCCUGAUGACAUAGCCCUCCUUUGGCAUUUCUCCCCACUCUCUAGUCACAUCAGCAGGUUCAGGAGGGUUGAUAUCGAGGGCUUGAUAUGGACGUGAAGAAUGAUUUCCGGUCGAAAUUCGGAUACCCGCACCCAAUUUUUAGGAUCGUCACAUCCGCCAAGGAGGCCAGUACGCUGAGUAAAAGCAGUUAGAUCGAGCAAGAGCGUACGGCAGAUAAGAAAUAAAGGCCAUGGUGUGACUUCCGUG